UCUCUCUCCCACUCGCGAAAUCAGCUUAGUCUAUACCAGCAGCAAGAACGUACCAAGAAAGCUACUUGUCGUACCGCCCAGCAAAUUCCCAGAGAGCAUGAGCCCUGAUGCCGCGUUCGCGCUCGAGAUUGCCGCGGUUGUCACCGUGACGGUGCUCAUCGUCGCCAUCGUAGUCGCCGCCUCGGGCGCCUGCGACGCUACCACCGCCGGCGCGGGGCGCGCCGCGGUGCACGACGUCGAGCGCGCGCUCAGCGCCGCCACGCUCAUGACGUACGAGGAGGCGGCGGCGGCCGGGAAGGGGAGCCGGAAGGUGUCUCUGCCGACGCAGCCGUCGACGGAGGGGAAGGAGGGCGGCGAGGAGGAGCCACAGCAGUGCUGCGCCAUCUGCCUGUCGGAGUACGCCAAGGGCGACGAGCUCGUGCGCGUGGUGCCGGCGUGCGGGCACUUCUUCCACGCGGAGUGCGACGUCGACAGGUGGCUCCGGGCGCGCCGGACCUGCCCGAUCUGCCGCGGCCAGUUGUGGCCUCUGCCGGGGCCGCCACGGCCCGAGUGCCCGCCGAUGCCGCCGCGAGGAGGCGGCGCCACAGCGGGCUCGCCGUAGUGAGUCAAUCUGCUUAUUUGAUCAACUUCCAUUGCUGAUUCUUGGGCUCGCCGUAGUACUUGUUAGGAUUGCACUUGGGGACGUUAUUCGAGAGGUGAAAUGGUAGAUUUUUUCUUGUUCCAUUAAAAUUAUGUAAGCCUUGUUGCUAUCAAGAAUAUUCACUUUUCCUUUUUCUCAAUUCUUGUAUUUCAUUGUGUCAGAGGCUAAUGGGCAAUUGGUUAACUUUUU